AUGCUUUCCACUCCAAAUUUGAUUGCUGUAGCCAGUGUAUCACUUGCGCUUGCGUUCGUGCUCACUCGCUUCUGUCUCGCCACACUGCGGCCCAAAGACUAUCCGCCAGGGCCGCCGACAGUCUUGGGACUUGGAAAUCUAGGCCAGAUUCCACUCAAACAACCAUUCAUCCAAUUCGGCAAGUGGUCUAAAACCUAUGGUGACAUCCUUGGCCUCAAAGUUGGGCCGUCAAACCUCGUUAUCCUUCAUAAUCCUCAAACCGUUCAUCAACUUUUGAGUAAGCGCGCGGCACAUUACUCUGGUAGACCCUACAGCUACAUCCCCAACGAGCAUGUUUUCUGUCAACAUGCAGACAAACACAUCCUUAACCUGCAAAACACACCGUAUCUUCGAAAAUGGCGUGCUGCUGUUGCUCAUCUGAUUGGUACAAGCGGCCUGAAGCAAGUCCUUCCUAUGCAGGAGGCCACAGCCGCAGCCCUCGCCAAGCAGCUACUUAAUACUACUCCAUCUGCCACUCUUGACUAUCUCAAGCAGUGGGCAUUAGCCACACCGCUUCUUGCUAUCACUGGUCAGCGACUUGAAGAGCGAGGAAAGGCUUUUUCCGAUAGGUUCUUCAAGGCGCAGAAGCUGUGGCUCGAGUUGCUUGAACCUGGAAAUGCACCACCUGUUGAUAUGGUGCCCAUGCUCCGAUGGAUUCCUGAAAGGCUUGCUUCAUGGAAGACAGAUGCGAGAUAUGUGAGGGACUAUAUGUUUGAGGAGUAUGCGAGCUAUCUGGAGUCCGCCCAGAAGCUCAGCGGCAAGGCUGGCGUGGCCACGCCCGGUCAGAACAAAUCUACAAGAUUCAGAUGCUUAAUGGCCAAAAUCUUGGAAGAUGGAUUAGAAGAUGGAAAAGACAAAUCUGGUAAGCUGGGGUUCUCUUCUGAUGAGCUUGCCUAUCUCGGUGGUGGAUUACUUGAUGCGGCGGUGGACACCACUUGGGCGUCCAUGAUGAGUUUUGUCUUGUACUUGGCAGCAUACCCUGAUGUACAGGAGAAGGUUUAUCAAGAGGUAUCGCGGAUCAGUCCCGACCAAAUCCCCGGUGGUGACAGGCUAGGUGACCUGCCGUACAUUGGAGCCUGUCUUGCUGAGAUUUUCCGUCUAUGCCCUCCUGCCCCCAAUGGAUUACCGCGCAUUCUUGAUAGAGACGACAUCGUAGACGGAUACCGGAUCCCCAAAGGCACUACCGUUCUUGCCAACGUCUGGAGCAUGCAGCGUAAUCCUGAUGACUAUGAGCAGCCCGACGAAUUCAUCCCAGAGAGAUACCUCAAUCACCCUCUCGGCCUCAAGAAAGGUGCCGAUGCUACCGAUAAACGUGCGACCUACACCUUUGGUGCUGGUAGAAGGCUCUGCCCCGGGGAGGCAUUUGCGCAAAAUUCCAUCAUCACGGCCAUUGCUAAACUAAUAUGGUCAUUUAAGAUUGAACCUGCUGGGCCUCUUGAUCUCAAUACCGAGACCGGUUUCCACACUGGGCUUGUGAUGGGGCCAGAGCCAUUCAAGGUCAAUUUUGUUUUGCGGGAUCCUAAACGCAAGGAGGAGAUUCUUCGAGACUACGAUGUCUGUCAGACAGCGCUUGCUGGAUUUGACUUGUAG